AUGGAUACUCCGGCCUUCAUGCCCUACGACUCGCGGGGUCACCCUCCGCAGCACAUCCAGCGACCCAUGGCUCAUCAGUAUAUGGUGGCGCCCGCUUACACCAACGGGCCCAUGACCACUCUUGCCGCGCCGCAGUACCCGAACCAGCAGGCGUUUGCGUAUGUCCCGUAUCAAAGCCCCCCGCCUUCCACGCCCAUGGGCUCUCCGUACAAGCACGAAGCCCCGAGAAUGGUGGGACAUGAUGUCGAGGCUGCCAGGGGCAUGCCGUAUCGCCGCGGCUCUCGACAGCUCAACGAGGGACGGAUGCAGUCCCCAUCGGCUCGGAGCGAGUCUCAGGCCUCGACCGCGCACUCCGUCGGCUCGAACCCCAAUGCCAACGCCAAGACGAUUACUUACAACGAGACCAUCGACCCUGCGGACCGGGUCAACUUUGAGACUGAAGUGGACGAGCUCAUGAAAGUCAUCCAGCAAAAUGAGGAUGACGACGACGAGAAGAGCAUGACAUGCACACCUGCCCAGACGCCAAAUGCCGAGUCGUCUUCUGGGUCGCAGAGCCCUGUCAGCUUUGGGCAGCCUUCGACUCCUGCUCACACAGAACCCAAGCCGAAGAAGAAGUGGGUUUGCGAUGGGCCAAACUGCAACAAGCGCUUUGUCCAAAAGACUCACCUCGACAUCCACCGUCGGACUCACACUGGACACAAGCCCUAUGUGUGCACCAAGGAAAAUUGCGGCCUCACGUUCUCGCAGAGAGGCAACCUCAAGACGCACAUGCGCCGCCACACCGGGGAGAAGCCCUACGCUUGCAGCAUCUGUGGCAAGCUCUUUGCCCAGCGCGGCAACGUCCGGUCCCAUGAGGAGACGCACAAGGGUCUCAAGCCCUUCAUCUGCAGGCUUGAUGAUUGCAACAAGACUUUCUCCCAGCUUGGAAACAUGAAGACUCACCAGAACAACUUCCACAAGGAGACGCUCCAUACCUUGACCUCCCUGUUCGUCAAGUACGCUCGCAUGGGUGAUGUGCCAGAGGAGCACCAGGAGCUCUUUGAGUACUUCAAGGUUCAUUACAAGAACAGCAACAAGGGCAUCAAGGGCCGCGGCAAGGCGCGAACGGUGGCGCCGAAGACAAAGGCCGAGCCCUCGGUCUCAGCCGCCAUGGCGUUCCCGCAUCUCCCAAUGCCUAACCAGCACCAGGCAUACGUCCCUGGACCUGCCAACACGAUGGCCGCCAUCCCCCGCCAUCCAUCGACUGGCGGAUACCCCAUGUUCGAGCACCAUGCAGACCACAGCGGCGCGGCCGGCAUGCUUUACGACGACGAACAAUCGCGCCAGAUGGCGUUCAGCGACCGCUUGUACUAA